GGGAGGCCCAGAGGCCCCGCCCCCCCCGCGCAGCGCCGCGCCGCGCGCCGCGCCGCGCGGCGAUGGCGGAGAGCCCGGGCGCCGCGGAGGAGGAGGCCGCUGGAGACCGAGCUCCAGGCGAGGAGGCAGAAGCGGACGCGGCCCCGCAGGAGGAGGAGCUGCCGCCGGUGAGCGUCAUACGCGCCGAGCUGGUGCGGGGGCACAGGCCUGUGAUCCUCUCGCAGGUACCCGUUUACAUCGGCCUGCGAGAUAGAGCAGGGCAUUUCUUCGAGGACAAGGGCCAGUGCCCCAGUCUGCGGUACUGCUGGAUGCGCGGCCCCGUCAUCAAGCCUUGCGUAUUCCACCCGCACAAGACGUCCCAGUUCAGGGACGUCACCAAGACUUGGCAGUACUAUUGCUCGAAGGAG